AUGGCUACUAGCGAACAUCUGGCAGCAGUCCUCACCGAAAAAGGCGGCCCCUUCGUGGUUCAGCCCCGUCCGACACUCGAGCCCGGCCCUGGGGAACUCCUCAUCGAAGCCAAAGCGAUUGCCGCGAACCCAGUCGACUACUCCCAGCGUGAUAGGGGAUUCCCUCCCAUUCCCAGCUACCCAACCGUCAUCGGUUCAGACGUCGCCGGGGUUGUUGUCAAGACUGGACCCGAUGUACCGGACAGUGCUCCCAAGCCAGGUACCCGCGUCACGGCAUUCGCCAGCUCGUUCUUUAAGGAUGGUCUCGCGCAAUACGGCGGCUUUCAAAAGCUAGUCCUCGCUAGCCAUGAGGGUGUCGUGCCGCUACCUGAGAACAUCUCCUUCGAAGAGGGCGCUGUCUUUCCUCUGGCUGUUCUGGCUGCGCUCUCUGGGUUUACUACGAUCGAUAUCUCACUUGACACCAGGUAUACGCCGGAGGACAAGAAGGGAAUCCUGGUCUGGGGCGGUGCUAGCAGUGUCGGAACCAUCGCAGUUCAAUUCGCCAGGCAGCUUGGCUUUACCGUCUAUGCUACCGCUAGCGAGAGGAAUAUGGGAUAUCUGGAGUCCCUGGGUGCUCAUCGAGUCUUCGACUACAGGGCCGGGGACGUUGUACGGCAGAUUGUGGCUGCGGUUAAACAGGACGGUGUCACCUUGACUGAGGCACAGUGUGCUGCUGGGGAGGACUCACUGCUGUCGAUCUUGGAUGUCGUGAAAGAGACAAAGGGAGACGGCCAGGGAAUGGUUGGACACGCGCCUCCAUUGCUGCCUGGUGCUCCCUCGUUGGAGGGCGUCGAGGUCAGGUUCUCUAUGCCGCCCAUGGAUCCCGAUGCUAGAGCACAGCAUAUUAGCCAGGCGUUCCAAGGCUGGCUUGCACCGGGCCUUGUAGCAGGCACUGUGGUUCCAAGUCCGCGUGUAGAGAUUGUGGAUGGCGGAUUGGAGGGACUGAACUCUGCGCUGGAUACUUUGAAGCAGGGGGUCAGCGCAACCAAACUUGUUGUCCGAGUUUGA